CAUUUAAAGAAAGAUUUCUUAUUCGCUGAGUUGUCAUUGUAUAGAUUCCACCGCACAAAACGUACCGGUGAUUCCGAAUAUUGAUUACACUUUGACGAAUCAAGAUAACGCUAAAAAGUCACAAACCCCUUUCGUCAAUCCAAUUUCAAUUUUUCUCUAAGUGAUUCGCCAUGGCUGUUACCAUGAAACAAAUGGCUCUUUUUGUUUCGUUGUUUGGUAUCAUCUCCUUCAUACUCGGAGUUAUAGCCGAAAACAAGAAGCCUGCUUCUGGUACACCGGUGGCUGUGAAAGAUGGUGUGAGUUGCAAGUUUUCAUCUGAUCCAACAAUUGCGUUGGGUUAUCUUUCUAUUGUGUUUCUCAUUGCGUCAACUGUGGUUGGAUAUCUUUCUCUGUUUUACCCUUACAAAGGAAAAUCUGUUCCACAAGGGGUUCUCUUUAAACACACUACUUUCCUGGUUUUCUUCAAUGUUGCUCUGUUUACAUCUGGACUGGCUGCAACUAUGCUGUUAUGGCCUGUAAUCCAGGAGCAGAUUCACCGAUCACGCAAAGUGCAUUUUGAUGCAGACUAUGCUUGCCCUACAGCUAAAACUGGUCUCAUUGGAGGUGGUGCCUUUUUAUCCCUUGAUUCAUGCCUCUUUUGGUUGGUUGCCCUCAUGUUAGCUGACAAUGUUCGGGAGGAUCAUUUUGACGAUGGAAAGGGUGAGCGUAAUGUUGAGCGUAAUGCUGCUUUUGAAAAUGCUUUUGAUCCAAGUUUAGUCAUAUAGGAGCAUAAAUGAAUGGAAGUUGUUAAGAUUGUUAAUAAAGCCAAAGUGAAAACAUUAGACAUCACUAUUAGUUAUUGUUUCAAUUGCUGUAUGAUGAAGUUUAUUAUGGGAUUUAAAUGCAUUACGUGCUUGUUAUCUUGUAUAAAUUUUCAUUGUGUUCAAGCAAACACAUUGCUGAUUAUGAUCAAGGACUACGCAGCAUCAUGUCACCAUGAUUGGUCUCUUUUGAA